UUCAAGAGAGCAGUGUGUGAGUGGAGAACAGGAGAUGUUGGAAGUCUCGGGCAGUGUGAUGGUACAGACAAGAGAUUGUUAAAAGACAGAACUUCAUUUCUAAGAAAGAGAGAGGUGUACGGGGUCUCAACAAUGCCUCCUCCAAAAGUCCUUCCGAAACCAAAAUUCCAGUGUCCAAUGAAGAUUUCAACUGGAAACAUCAUGGAUAAGGAGGAAACAGUGACAAAUAUAAGUCGAGGAAGGACAACUGCUGUGUCCAAAUACUACAGACAAUCUGAUAAAAGUGUCACCAAACCUACACCAGGUUCUUCCCCACCUGAACAUCUCCUAGAAGAUCAAGUUAACCCUGAAUGUUCAGACUUUGAAGGCAAGCGAGGAAACUGUGUCUUCGAUAAAGUCUUCUCACAGGACUCCCGUUGGCCUGAUUGGUCAGGUUGGUGGUCAGAGGAGGUCAAAGAGGAGGGUACAUUUGAAAAGCAAGAGAUCAACACAGACGCAGAACACCUCCAGAUACCUUUGGACACCAGCAAGUGUCAAAGUGUUCUCCAAAACCACAAAGAAGAUACUGAAUGGCAGGAGAACUUCACAGAUGAACAGAAGCAGAACAUGGAGAAGGAUGAAGACAAACAAGAGGAGAUUAAAGAAGUGAAACUCUAUAAGAUUGCCAAUGAACUUUUACAGACGGAGAGGGCGUAUGUAGUCCGUCUACAUUUACUGGACCAGGUGUUUUGCACUAAACUGACAGAGGAAGCUGGGAAGGGAACGUUUCCUUUAGAUGUUGUGAAGGGCAUCUUCUCUAAUGUAGGAUCCAUCUAUGCUUUCCACAACCAGUUCCUCCUGCCUGAUCUGGAGACACGGAUGAGCCAGUGGGAAUCCACACCCCGUAUCGGGGACAUCUUAGCCCAGCUUGCCCCUUUUCUGAGGAUGUACGCAGAGUAUGUGAAAAACUUUGACAAUGCAAUGGAUCUGCUGAAGCAGUGGACGGAGCGUUCGGUGCAGUUUAACGCCAUCAUUCAGGACAUACAGAGUCUGGAGUGUUGUGGAAAUCUCACUCUUCAGCAUCAUAUGUUAGAGCCGGUGCAGCGGGUUCCACGAUACGAGAUGCUGCUCAAAGAUUAUUUGAAAAAACUCCCAGAGGACGACACGGACCACAGCCAGGCCGAAAAGUCUCUGAACAUCAUCUCAAUGGCUGCAAUUCACUCCAACACGGCCAUCCGCAAGAUGGAGAACCUGAAGAAGCUGAUGGAGAUCUAUGAUAUGUUGGGAGGAGAGGAGGACAUUGUGAACCCCUCCAAUGAGCUAAUCAAGGAAGGACAGAUCUUGAAGCUUGCAGCUAGAAACACAUCAUCCAUGGAGAGAUAUCUCUUCCUGUUUAACAACAUGCUGUUGUACUGCGUGCCCAAAUUCAGUCUGGUGGGUCAGAGGUUCACUGUGCGCACACGAGUCGGCGUCAAGGGCAUGAAGGUACUGGAGACUUCCAAUGAUGACUAUCCUCACACUUUCCAGGUGUCAGGCAAAGAGCGAACACUGGAACUGCAGGCCAGCUCACAGCAAGAUAAAGAGGACUGGAUCAAGGCAUUCCAAGAGACCAUUGAAAUCUUUCAGCAGAAGAAUGAAACGUUCAAAUCGGCAUCUAAAGAAGUUCUGGAUGAGGUGUCUAAAGAGGAGUUGGGAAAGAGAGCUCCGCGUUGGAUUCGGGAUAACGAGGUGACUAUGUGCAUGAAAUGCAAGGAGCCUUUUAACGCUCUAACCCGCAGGAGACACCAUUGCAGGGCGUGUGGAUAUGUGGUGUGCUAUAAAUGUUCAGACCACAAGGCAUCGCUGAGGUAUGAUAGUAACAGAUUAAAUAAAGUGUGCAAGGACUGUUACUUCAUACUGACUGGCAGAACGGAUGCUGAGGAACCAGCGGGGGGCAAGAAAAGGGGAUCCUUGAGAUUGAAGCUGCGCAGGUCUCGGGAAACAGUUUCAUGUGCGGCUUCCUGCAGUACAGUGACAGAACCAAACCAUGUCAGAAGGUCUGGUGUGUGAUUCCAAAGCAUGAUGCAUUGGUUCUUUACCUGUAUGGAGCUCCACAGGAUGUUAAAGCACAGUGUACCAUCCCACUCUUGGGAUACCAGGUCGAGGAUGUCCAGAGAUCCGUGGAUCAUCCUCCUACCAGCUUCCGCCUGUGCCAGUCCAAAUCUAUUCACUGCUUCACCGCAGACACAGAGGAGCUGAAACUGCGUUGGCUGAAAUUGAUCCACAAAGCUGUAAUAGGAGAGAUGCCGGAAUGCCAGAUGCCAUGCGAUAGUGCCCUUGCUGAUGGUUGCCAUGAGACCGUAUCUGAAUAGAGACUAGGUGUGAUGCAUCUGUGAUUUUAUUCUUGUGAAUGUCCUUAAAUACACACAAAUAAAGUCGCACCCAUGAUGGUAACGAAAACACUUCACAUUAUAUUUUGCAUUCGUAUUUAUACAAAUCAAAGUAGACCAUUCACAGUCAACUGAUCAAUCCCAAAUAUUAUAAUAAUGUAAUAUAUUGACUUCAAUCAUUACAUUUGGUGUGAUUAUUUAAAAUGAUUUUGUUGUCUUCGUUUGCGAGAUCAGAGGAAAGCUAAUCGUUUGUUAAUCUUUUCUUUCUUGAUAGUGUCUUUUUUGUUUUCAUGCCAUUUGUCAUUGUUACUGUCCCUAAGAUUUAUGCACUUUAUUGCAUUUUUGUAAACCAGGAAGUUGACAUUGAAAAUAAAAUGUAUUAAA